CCACAGUCUCGCGAGAUGAGACGUUGUGACAUCGGGAAUUAGCUAUCCGGCAGGAGCCAGGGAGCUGCAUAUUGACGCUGUUGCGGGACGUUCAAGCAGCGAUACGGGACUGCAGGCUGUGUAAAGAAAAUCGAGACUGUCCCGCGAAAAGCGGGACUGUUGGUCGUUAUGCUACUGCUCUCUGGAAGGGCACUUGCAGAUCGCUACCGGCAUAUCUACACGGCUGCAGUGAGCGACAGGGAACAGCAGGCCGGUCAGUCUGGCAGGAAUAAGAAAAUCAUAAGUAAGAAAAAACUGAAGCGGAAGCAAAAGACUAAAUCAAAAGGGAAAACUCAAAAUAAGGUGGACAACCAAGAAAAUGCUUUCUUCAUACCUGACCUCAAACUCCACAGCAACCCUUCAGCAUUCAAUGUUUAUUGCAAUGUACGACAUUGUGUUCUGGAGUGGCAAAGAAAGGAAACCUCUUUGGUUUUUUCCGCCAAGAAUUCUGUCCAGAGUGGGGAGUCGGACACUGAUGAUGAGGAGGAAUCCAAAGAACCGUUAAUUAAGCUUCCAAAGAUUAUUGAGAUUGGGUUAUGUGAAGUAUUUGAGUUGAUUAAAGAAACCCGGUUUUCCCAUCCGUCGUUAUGCCUGAGAAGCUUGCAGGCUUUGCUGAAUGUGCUUCAGGGCCAACAGCCAGAAGGACUCCAGUCUGAACCACCAGAAGUGCUGGAAUCUCUACUUCAGCUCAUUUUGGAAAUCACAGUCCGGAGCACAGGAGCAAAUGAUAGCACAGGACAGUCGCUAACUGCAGUGUCUUGUGCCUGCCUCUUCAGCUUGGUGGUCUCAUGGGGUGAAACCGGAAAGAUCUUGCAGGCUAUCUCUGCUAUACUUGCUAAUAAUGGCAGCCAUGCUUGCCAAACUAUUCAGGUGCCAACAAUUUUAAACUCCUUACAGAGAAGUGUCCAAGCAGUGCUGGUGGGAAAAAUACAGAUCCAGGACUGGUUUACUACUGGGAUUAAAAAAGCUGCCUUGAUGCAGAAGUGGUCUCUUCGAGACAUUCCUGUUGAUGAAGAUGAACAGUGCCUCCUUCAGAGCGAUGGCUUUUUCCUUUAUCUUUUAUGCAAAGAUGGCCUUUACAAAAUUGGCUCCGGAUAUAGUGGGACAGUGAGGGGCCACGUAUAUAAUUCCACGUCCCGCAUUAAAAGUAGAAGAGAAAAGAAGUCAUGGUUAGGUUAUGCUCAGGGUUAUUUACUCUACAGAGACAUGAGCAAUCACAGCAUGACAGCCAAAAGGAUAAAUCCAGAGACACUUGAACUGGAUGGGGCAGUUACAGUGCCAGAUAACACUGAAGGACAGAAUAUCCUCUUCACUGAUGGAGAAUUUAUAAACCAGAUUGCUGCUUCUAAAGAUGAUGGAUUCGUUGUUCGAAUAUUCGCAACUAGUACAGAGCCUUUAUUACAACAACAGGAACUCCAGCUAAAACUUGCAAGGAAAUGUUUACAUGCAUGUGGCAUCUCACUCUUUGAUCUGGAGAAAGAUUUGCACAUUAUAAGUACAGGCUUUGAUGAAGAACUGGCUGUUUUAGGAGCAGGAAGGGAGUUUGCACUAAUGAGAACUGCUAGUGGAAAGGUAUAUUACACUGGCAAAUAUCAAAACCUUGGAAUCAAGCAGGGUGGGCCUUCAUCAGGAAAAUGGGUUGAGCUCCCCAUAACAAAAUCUCCAAAGAUUGUUCAAUUCUCAGUUGGCCAUGAUGGGUCUCAUGCAUUGCUCACUGCUGAUGAUGGAAGUGUAUUUUUUACAGGCACAGCUAGUAAAGGGGAAGAUGGGGAGUCAAGUAAGUCAAAAAGCCGUCGACAAUCGAAACCCUAUAAGCCAAAAAAAAUGAUGAAAAUGGAUGGAAAAUUUGUUGUAACCACUGCCUGUAAUAAUGGGAGCAGCUCCAUCAUAAGCAAGGAUGGGGAGCUGUACAUGUUUGGAAAAGAUGCCAUUUAUUCUGACAGCUCAAAUUUGGUGACAGACUUGAAAGGGCAUGUGGUGACUCAAGUUGCUAUGGGCAAAGCCCAUACUUGUGUACUGACGAAGAAAGGGGAGGUUUGGACUUUUGGUGUCAACAACAAGGGCCAGUGUGGAAGGGACACAGGUGCUAUGAAUCAAGGAGGCAAAGUUUUCGGAGUUGAAAACAUGGCAACAGCAAUGGAUGAGGAUCUUGAGGAGGAACUUGAUGAUAAAGAUGAAAAAUCUAUGAUGUGCCUCCCUCGAAUGCAUAAAUGGAAGCUGGAACAAUGCAUGGUCUGUACAGUGUGUGGAGAAUGCACAGGAUAUGGAGCCAGCUGUGUUAGUAGUGGACGACCUGAUCGCGUACCAGGAGGGAUUUGUGGCUGCGGAUCAGGAGAAUCUGGUUGUGGUGUUUGUGGAUGCUGUAAAGCUUGUGCUCAGGAACUUGAUGGCCAGGAGGCAAGGCAAAGAGGAAUUCUGGAUGCUGUGAAAGAGAUGAUACCAUUGGAUCUUCUAUUAGGUAAAGCAGUACCUGUGCCAGGAGUCAACAUUGAUGAGCACCUGCAAUUGCGACAGGACGACAAGAGACAGCGUGUUAACAGGAGAAAUAGAAUAGAUGAAGGAAGAGGGGGAAAAAAACCUAAUGGGGAUUUAGGCCCUUUUGUAGAUCCUGGUCCUAAUUUUAUGAAACAUCGAGAGCAGGCUCUAGCCAGACUAAGAUCUCUUCCAGCACAGCUAAAGCAUAAGCGGGACAAGAAAAAAGACGAGAGCAGAGAACAAAAUGAGAAAGAUGCAAGCAAAAUCACAACAUACCCUCCCGGAACUGUACGAUUUGACUGUGAACUGCGGGCUGUCCAAGUUAGCUGUGGCUUCCACCACUCAGUCAUUUUAAUGGAAAAUGGUGAUGUGUAUACAUUUGGAUAUGGACAACAUGGACAGCUGGGCCAUGGUGAUGUCAGCUGUAGGGGCUGUCCGACGCUGAUCCAGGCACUGCCAGGCCCCAGUACUCAAGUGACAGCUGGCAGCAAUCACACUGCUGUUCUGUUAAUGGAUGGACAAGUGUUCACUUUUGGAAGUUUCUCUAAAGGGCAACUUGGAAGACCCAUUUUGGAUGUUCCCUACUGGAAUGCUAAGCCAGCACCCAUGCCCAACAUUGGUUCCAAAUAUGGGCGAAAAGCAACCUGGGUUGGAGCAAGUGGAGAUCAGACCUUUUUGAGGAUAGAUGAAGCUCUAAUUAACUCCCAUGUUCUUGCUACUUCUGAAAUAUUUGCAAGCCGGCAAAUAAUAGGUUUAGUCCCAGCCUAUAUGACAGAACCACCUCCAUUUAAAUGUCUUCUUAUUAACAAAGUUGAUGGAAGUUGUGCAACCUUUAAUGACUCUGAGCAAGAGGAUUUGCAAGGUUUUGGUGUUUGUUUGGAUCCAGUUCAUGAUGUCAUUUGGAGGUUUCAGGGCAGCACUAAAGAAUUAUGGUGUUACAAUGCAGUGAUAGCUGACUCCAGGCUCCCUUCAGCUCCAGACAUGCAGCUUCGGUGCAGCAUUCUUAGCCCGGAACUUGCACUGCCUACAGGACAGAAAGCUGUAACAACUCGAUCGCAUGCAGCUUUGCAUAUUCUAGGUUGCCUUGACACAUUGGCUUCAAUGCAGGAUUUAAAAAUGGGAGUUUCAAGCAUUGAAGAGGAGACUCAGUCUGUGAUGAGGGUGUAUUCCAAAGAGGAUUAUAGUGUUGUAAAUCGAUUUGAAAGUCAUGGAGGAGGCUGGGGCUACUCUGCCCACUCCGUUGAAGCUAUUCGCUUUUUUGCCGAUACAGACAUUUUACUUGGAGGGCUUGGCCUGUUUGGUGGCAGAGGGGAAUACACAGCAAAGAUAAAGUUAUUUGAGUUGGGGCCUGACGGAGGAGAUCAUGAAACAGAUGGAGACCUUCUUGCUGAAACGGAUGUACUUGCAUAUGAUUGUGCUGCCAGGGAAAAAUAUGCAAUGAUGUUCGAUGAGCCUGUCCUGCUGCAAGCUGGUUGGUGGUAUGUUGCGUGGGCGCGAGUGUCUGGUCCAAGCAGUGACUGUGGUUCUCACGGUCAAGCUUCCAUUACAACUGAUGAUGGUGUUGUUUUCCAGUUCAAAAGCUCUAAGAAAUCAAAUAAUGGUACGGAUGUCAAUGCAGGUCAGAUACCACAAUUACUGUACAGACUUCCUACAAGUGAUGGCAGUGCAGCAAAAGGAAAACCACAAACCAGUGAGCCAGUACACAUUCUGAAAAGAUCUUUUGCACGAACGGUGUCUGUGGACUGUUUUGAAUCCCUGUUGAGCAUUCUACACUGGAGCUGGACCACAUUAGUUCUUGGAGUGGAAGAACUUCGAAGCCUUAAAGGUUUCCAAUACACUGCAACACUGCUGGAUUUGGAACGGUUACGCUUUGUAGGGACCUGCUGUUUGAGGUUGUUGAAAGUCUACAUCUGUGAAAUCUAUCCAGUAUCAGCUACCACAAAAGCAGUUGUAGAAGAAACUAGCAAAUUGGCUGAAUGCAUUGGUAAAACCAGGACAUUGUUAAGAAAAAUCCUUUCUGAAGGUGUGGAUAAUUGUAUGACAAAGCUGGACAAUGACCCUGAAGGAUAUCUCAGCCAACCCAUGAGCCUGCUAGAAGCUGUUCUCCAGGAGUGUCAUAAUACGUUUACUGCCUGCUUUCAUUCUUUUUACCCCACUCCUGCCCUCCAGUGGGCAUGUCUGUGUGACUUGUUAAAUUGUUUGGAUCAGGACAUUCAGGAAGCGAAUUUCAAACCAUCCAGCAGUCGCCUUUUGGCAGCAGUUAUGUCAGCUCUCUGCCAUACUUCAGUGAAGCUAACCUCUAUCUUUCCAAUUGCUUAUGAUGGUGAGGUACUUCUGCGUUCUAUGGUGAAACAAGUCAGUACUGAAAAUGACACUGCUUUGGCUCAUCGGUUUCCUCUGCUUGUGUCAGCUAUGGAGAAAUUAAGCCAGAGUGAAGAAAAUGUUUCUGGGAUUACCAGUUUCUGUGAGGUACUGGAGAAGAUGCUGGUCAUUGUUGUUUUGCCUGUAAGGAACAGCUUGAGGCGAGAAAAUGAACUCUUCUCUUCACAUUUGGUGUCCAACACAUGUGGUCUUCUUGCCAGCAUUGUCAGUGAGCUUACAGCUUCUGCUCUUGGUUCUGAGGUUGAUGGGCUAAAUUCUUUGCAUUCGGUCAAGUCCAGCCCUAACCGCUUUACAAAAACAAGCCAGGGUAGGAGUUGGAACACUGGAAAUGGCUCUCCAGAUGCAAUCUGCUUCUCUGUGGACAAAACUGGGGUGGUUGUGGUUGGAUUUUGUGUCUAUGGAGGAGGAGGAAUCCAUAAAUAUGAGCUUGAAGUUUUGGUUGAUGAUAGUGACCACUCUGGGGAUGCAGCUCAUUUACACAGAUGGACAUCUUUAGAGCUUAUGAAGGGCACAUACACUACUGAUGACUCACCCAGUGAUAUUGCUGAAAUCAGACUUGACAAGGCUGUACCUUUAAAGGAGAAUAUGAAAUAUGCAGUCCGUCUCCGUAAUUAUGGGAGUCGUACAGCUAAUGGUGAUGGAGGAAUUACCACAGUGCAGUGUUCUGAUAAUGUAACCUUCACCUUUAGCUCCUGUAGUUUAAGCAGUAAUGGCACAAAUCAAACUCGUGGGCAAAUUGCUCAAGUAUUAUACUACAGGAGUGAAUUUGAUGGAGAUCUGCAAUCACAGCUCCUGAGUAAAGCAAAUGAAGAAGACAAAAACUGCAGCAGAGCACUUGCUGUUGUAAAUGCAGUUACACGGGCUGCCAAAGACCUUCUGCACAGAGCACUUGCAGUUGAUGCUGAAGACAUUCCUGAAUUGCUUAGUUCUUCAAGUUUGUUUUCUAUGCUGCUACCUCUGCUGAUCGCAUACAUUGGACCUGUAGCAGCUGCUAUUCCAAAGGCUGCUAUUGAAGUUUUUGGUUUGGUCCAACAGUUGCUCCCAUCAGUAGCUAUUCUGAAUCAGAAAUAUGCACCUCCUGUUUUCAACCCCAAUCAAUCUACUGACAGCACUACUGGAAAUCAGCCUGAGCAGCUGUCUGCAUGUACCACUUCUAGUCACUAUGCAGUUCUUGAAAGUGAGCACCCUUAUAAACCAGCCAGUGUAAUGCAAUUUAAGGUAGCAUUUCCUGAAUGUGUUCAGUGGAUAUCAGUGGAGUUUGACCCGCAAUGUGGUACUGCUCAGCCUGAGGAUGUUCUGCGUCUCAUGAUUCCUGGCAAAAACGUUCACACAUCUGGUUUUGGAUCAAAGUCUUCUGUUCAUGAAAGCAUUAAUGCUUGGGUUGAAAUUAAGACAUUUUCAGGCUCCUCUGGGUGGCCUACUGCAGUCUUGAUUUUACCAGGAAACGAAGCCCUGUUUUCUCUAGAAACUGCCUCGGAUUAUGUAAAGGAUGAAAAGGCCUCCUUCUAUGGCUUCAAGUGCUUUGCUAUUGGAUAUGAAUACAGCCCAACGUCUGAUGAGGGCAUCAUUCAGUUAGAAAAGGAACUGGCCAACCUAGGGGGAACAUGUGCUGCUGCUUUAAUGAAGAAAGAUCUUGCUCUUCCUGUUGGAAAUGAACUGGAGGAAGAUCUGGAAAUUGUUGAAGAGGCAGCACUGCAGGUGUGUAAAACACAUUCUGGAAUCUUAGGGAAGGGUUUGGCUCUUUCUCAUUCUCCAACCAUUUUGGAGGCCUUGGAAGGAAAUCUUCCCCUGCAAAUUCAAAGCAACGAGCAAUCGUUUCUCGAGGAUUUCAUAACCUGCGUGCCUGGAUCAAGUGGUGGACGAUUAGCAAGGUGGCUUCAACCAGACUCUUAUGCCGAUCCUCAGAAAACUUCACUGAUCCUUAAUAAAGAUGAUGUCAGAUGUGGCUGGCCCACUACCAUAACUGUACAGACAAAGGAUCAGUAUGGAGAUGUAGUACAUGUUCCUAACAUGAAGGUUGAAGUUAAAGCUGUCCCUGUAUCACAGAAAAAGACUUCCCUACAGCAAGAGCAAGUAAAGAAGUUUCCCCGUAUACCUGGAAGCCCAUCUACUGCAAAUAAUUCAGGCACAGAUAUGACAUUUGGUGGCCUUCCUUCACCUAAACUUGACGCUUCCUAUGAACCAAUGAUCGUGAAGGAAGCUUGUUACAUUGCCAUUACUAUGAUGAAGGCAUAUGAAAAUUACUCAUUUGAAGAACUUCGUUAUGCUUCACCAAUGCCCAAACGACCCAGUGAAAAUAUGUUAAUCCGAGUAAACAAUGAUGGAACCUACUGUGCAAACUGGACUCCUGGAGCUGUUGGGCUUUAUACCAUUCAUGUUACAAUUGAUGGAAUAGAAAUUGAUGCUGGUCUAGAGGUGAAAGUGAAAGAUCCUCCAAAAGGAAUUGUCCCUCCUGGGACGCAGUUGGUAAAACCAAAAAGUGAACCUCAGCCAAACAAGGUUCGCAAAUUUGUGGCCAAGGACAGUGCAGGGCUCCGUAUUCGUAGCCACCCCUCCCUACAGAGUGAGCAGAUAGGCAUAGUGAAAGUCAAUGGAACCAUCGCUUUUGUUGAUGAGAUCCACAAUGAUGAUGGUGUGUGGCUAAGACUGAGUGAUGACACAGUAAAGAAGUAUGUUCCUAACAUGAAUGGUUACAAUGAAGCUUGGUGCCUCUCAUUUAAUCAGCAUCUUGGCAAGAGUCUUCUGGCUCCUGUUGAUAAUAUCUUUUAUGCUAGCCAAGGAGCCAGGGACUAUGAUGUUUUUUCUUGGACCGCUAAAGCUUUUAUCUCUCAGGAGCAGGCAUGUGUGUCUGAUGAGGUUUUAAAAACACGCUGUACCCAGGAAGUAACAGUGCAAGAACAUGAAGUGCCUGUACUCAGGAGUGGACCUGGCCUUUACAAGGUAGUCAAGACUGGGCCAUCUGGUCACAACAUCAGAAGCUGCCCAAACCUUAGAGGUAUCCCAAUUGGAAUGUUAGUACUGGGAAACAAAGUCAAGGCUGUGGGCGAGGUGGUCAGUUCUGAAGGAACAUGGGUGCAGCUUGAUAAGAACAGCAUGGUAGAGUUUUGUGAGAAUGAUGAAGGCGAGGCUUGGUCCCUGGCUAGAGAUCCUAGUGGCAAUCGAUAUCUUCAGCAUGAGGAUGAGCAAAUUUUGGACCAAAGUUCUCAAACUCCACCUCCAAGCCCUUUCACCAUUCAAAUGUUUCACCCUAGCACAAGUGGAAACAUUGUGUCCGGCUUUGAUUAUGGCCUUGGGAAUGACAAAGUUUUAACUGUUUUGCCCACUGCAGGUGAUCAGCUGAGUGCCAUACUGAAUUCCAUUCAGUCACGGCCUAGUUUCCCAACUCCUUCCAUCUUUGAUCAAGCUGCAAAACCUCCCUCUUCCCUAGUCAACAGUCCAUUUGUGUUCGGGCAGCCCCCCUCCUUCCAGCAGCCUCUGUCUCCACUUCAGAACACCUCAUCAAGCAGUGUUGCUUCUCGUGAGCGUAUUCACCAGCCUAAAGCUGCUCCUGCAUCUGCUUUUUCAUCUCUCGCUGUCAAACCAAAGGAUGACAAGGGACACAUUAAUGCAAAAGCCACAUCUGCAGUAAACAAGUCCGAUUUACCUGCCAAAAACCAUGUUGAGAGCAAAUCUUCAAAGCCUGAUGGGCGUAUAAGCCGUUCUAAUGCUGAUCCGAAAAAGCCCAAAAAUAAUGAAGGCCUUACUGCAAGUGAGAGUCUCUUGCUGAAGUCUGAUGCUGCAAAGCUGAGGUCAGACUCUCAUAGCAGAUCUUCAUCUCCCAACCAUAACACUCUGCAAAUCUUAAAGACAGAUGGUAAAGUGAAUUCAGGUCUUAGAGCAGAAUCACCAGGACCUGGUUCACGGUCCUCAUCACCAAAGCCAAAAACUGUGCCUGCUGGAAAGGCGAAUACAUCCAAUGCGGGCUCUCCUCGCUCUGCAUCUCCACAAGAGAAAACCCUACCUCAAAAGGCGUCUGUUCCUACCAAGUCCAAGCUUGAACCUCCUCGGGAAAGAUCUAAGUCAGACUCCUAUACCCUUGAUCCAGAUACAUUACGUAAAAAGAAAGUCCCAUUAACUGAACCCAUAAGGGGACGGUCCACUUCACCCAAACCAAAAAUAAUUCCAAAAGAUGCCAAACCUGCAGGUGGUAGCGAAAACAGGACACCCUCUCCACAUGUGGUUCAAGAAAACCUUCACAGUGAAGUUGUUGAAGUUUGCUCGUCUAGUACUUUAAAAACAAAUAGCAAUACAGAUAGUACUUGUGAUGAUAAAGCAGAGAUAACGAUUGUUGAUGAUGAGUCAAGUAAAGUCCAUUUUAGCAUAGGAAAGGCACCACUUAAAGAAGAACAAGAUACAAGAUUAUCUCCUAAAAUAAGCCGCAAAAGUACAAGUAGGCAUGUUCGGCCUAAAAAAGAAAAAUCAAACUUUUUUUUAAAGGGAGAAUCCUCAAAGUCUAUUGAGCCAGCAAAGGAAGCAAUGUCACCAUCUGUGGCUGAAUGUGCACGGGCUGUGUUUGCAUCUUUCCUUUGGCAUGAGGGUAUAGUUCAUGAUGCAAUGGCGUGCUCUUCUUUUCUUAAAUUUAAUCCCGAUCUUUCCAAAGAACAUGCUCCUAUACGAUGCAGUCUUAACUGUCAACAACCCACAGAAGAAAAGGAGGUUAAAUUAAAAAACAGACACUCUAUAGAAAUUUCGUCUGCACUAAACAUGUUUCAUAUUUCCCCACAUGGGCCAGAUAUAUCAAAAAUGGGCAGUAUCAACAAAAACAAAGUUUUAUCAAUGCUGAAAGAGCCACCGCUCCAUGAAAAGUACGAGGAUGGCAAACAUGAAACAUCUUCUUUUGACUUAUCCAGUCAACAGUCUGUUAAGUCAAAAUCCCCACUUCCCUUAACCCUGCAACACCUUGUGGCUUUUUGGGAAGAUAUUUCAUUGGCCACCAUAAAAGCUGCAUCACAAAACAUGAUUUUCCCAAGCCCUGGUUCUUGUGCUGUGCUAAAAAAGAAAGACGGUGAUAAAGAUACCAAAAAGACAAAAAAGGAGAAAAAGAAAAAAGAAAAGGCAGAGGCCAGGCCUCGUGGUAAUUUGUUCGGUGAAAUGGCACAGCUUGCUGUAGGUGGGCCUGAAAAAGAUACAAUUUGUGAGCUGUGUGGAGAGUCUCAUCCUUAUCCGGUGACAUAUCACAUGAGGCAAGCACAUCCAGGUUGUGGAAGAUAUGCAGGAGGAAAAGGAUAUAACAGCAUUGGUCACUUUUGUGGUGGAUGGGCAGGAAACUGUGGGGAUGGGGGCAUUGGAGGAAGCACUUGGUAUUUGGUCUGUGAACGAUGUCGAGAAAAAUAUCUUCGAGAUAAACAAGUGGCUGUUCGGGAAAAGGUAAAACAAUCUAGAAGGAAACCUAUACAGGUGAAGACAGCUCGGGCACUCCCGACUUUGGAAGCUCACCAAGUGAUUAAAGCAAAUGCACUAUUUUUGCUGUCCUUAAGCAGCGCUGCAGAACCAAAUAUUCUCUGCUACCAUCCACCAAAGCCAUUCCUAUCCCAUCUUCCCUCUGUCAAGGAGAACAUAUCUGAGGACAUUCCACCCAAGAUGCAAUGUCUUUACCUGCAGACCUUGGCAAGGCAUCAUCAGGACAAUUUUGUUGGUUAUCAAGAUGACAACCUUUUUCAAGAUGAAAUGAGAUAUCUUCGGUCCACCUCUGUCCCAGCACCGUACAUAUCUGUAACCCCAGAUGCAUGUCCCAAUGUUUUUGAGGAGCCAGAGAAUAAUAUGAAAUCUAUGCCUCCCAGUCUAGAAACAAGUCCCAUAACGGAUACUGACUCUGCAAAGAGGACAGUGUUUCAAAGGUCUUACUCCGUCGUUGCUUCUGAAUAUGACAAGCAGCAUUCUGUUCUGCAGCCUCGAGUAAAAGCUAUUCCCAGGCGCAGAGUGAACAGCGGAGAUGCAGAAGUCGGAUCCUCGCUGCUAAGACGUCCAUCCCCCGAGUUAUCACGGCUGAUAUCUGCUCACAGUUCUCUAUCAAAAGGAGAGAGGAAUUUCCAGUGGCCUGUCCUGGCAUUUGUCAUCCAACACCAUGAUCUGGAAGGUUUAGAAAUUGCAAUGAAACAGGCUCUAAGAAAAUCUGCAUGCCGUGUAUUUGCCAUGGAGGCUUUCAAUUGGCUCCUUUGUAAUGUCAUUCAGACAACAUCUCUCCAUGAUAUCUUAUGGCAUUUUGUGGCCUCCCUCACUCCUGCUCCAUUAGAACCAGAAGAAGAUGAGGAUGAGGAAAACAAAGCCAACAAGGAAAAUGCUGAACAGGAAAAAGACACAAGAGUAUGUGAACAUCCUUUGUCUGACAUAGUUAUUGCUGGGGAAGCAGCACAUCCCUUGCCAGACACGUUUCAUCGUCUUCUUCAGACCAUUUCAGAUCUGAUGAUGUCUCUUCCUGGGGGUAGUUCCUUGCAACAGAUGGCAUUGAGGUGUUGGAGUCUGAAAUUCAAGCAAUCAGACCACCAGUUUCUACAUCAGAGUAAUGUGUUUCGUCAUAUAAAUAACAUUCUCUCCAAGUCCGAUGAUGGAGACAGUGAGGAGAGUUUCAACAUCAGUGUACAGUCAGGAUUUGAGGGAUCGUGCUUGGUAACUGGCUUAAAAGAUAUGACAAGCAUUGUAGAUAUAAAGACUUCCAGCAGGCCAGCCAUGAUUGGAAGUCUGACUGAUGGAUCGACAGAAACGUUUUGGGAGUCGGGAGAUGAAGAUAAAAAUAAAACAAAAAGCAUAACGAUAAACUGUGUGAAAGGCAUAAAUGCUCGCUAUGUUUCAGUUCAUGUCGACAACUCACGAGACUUAGGGAACAAGGUGACAUCAAUGACUUUUCUUAGUGGAAAAACAGUGGAAGAUAUGUGCAGAAUCAAACAGGCUGACUUGGAUUCCAGACACAUUGGAUGGGUCACUAGUGAACUUCCGGGAGCAGAUAAUCACAUCAUAAAGAUUGAGCUGAAAGGGCCAGAGAACACACUGCGAGUGCGGCAGGUGAAAGUGCUUGGCUGGAAAGAUGGCGAGGCAAUCAAAAUUCCUGGGCAGAUUUCUGCAAGCGUGGCUCAGCAAAGAAAUUGUGAAUCAGAAACUCUGCGGGUGUUUAGACUUAUUACAUCUCAGGUCUUUGGCAAGUUGAUAUCUGGGGAUGCAGAACCAACACCUGAACAGGAAGAAAAAGCUUUGCUGUCCUCCCCAGAAGGGGAAGAAAAGGCACCAUCAGAUGCGGACCUGAAGGAGCACAUGGUUGGCAUUAUCUUUAGCAGGAGUAAGCUAACAAAUUUGCAGAAGCAGGUUUGUGCUCACAUUGUACAAGCUAUCAGGAUGGAAGCCAUGCGUGUCCGUGAGGAGUGGGAACAUGCAAUCUCCAGCAAAGAAAAUGCAAACUCUCAGCCCAAUGAUGAAGAUGCCUCCUCUGAUGCUUAUUGCUUUGAACUGUUAUCAAUGGUCCUUGCUCUGAGUGGAUCAAAUGUUGGCAGGCAGUAUUUGGCACAGCAGCUUACUCUACUUCAAGACCUGUUCCACCUGCUUCAUACUGCCUCUCCAAGAGUACAGAGACAAGUUACCUCACUACUGCGUCGUGUUUUACCUGAAGUGACUCCGUCUCGUUUGGCGAGUAUUAUUGGGGUAAAGUCUCUUCCGCCAGCUGACAUUAGUGACAUUAUCCACUCAACAGAGAAAGGGGAUUGGAAUAAGAUGGGAAUAUUGGACAUGUUUCUGGGAUGUAUUGCCAAAGCCCUGACUGUCCAGCUAAAGGCCAAAGGAACUCCAAUCAAAGGAGCUGCAGGAACCAGCGCAGGAAAGGGUGUUACUACUGUCACUUUGCCAAUGAUCUUCAACUCCAGCUACCUGAGACGAGGUGAAAGCCACUGGUGGAUGAAAGGCUCAACCCCUACGCAGAUUUCUGAGAUUAUUAUAAAAUUAAUCAAAGACAUGGCAGCUGGGCAUCUUUCUGAGGCUUGGUCUCGAGUCACAAAGAAUGCAAUCGCAGAGACAAUCAUUGCACUGACAAAGAUGGAGGAAGAAUAUCGAUCCCCUGUUCGAUGUAUUGCUACUACUAGGCUGUGGUUGGCAGUAGCUUCUCUCUGUGUUCUUGAUCAAGACCAUGUAGAUCGCUUAUCUUCUGGGCGAUGGAUGGGAAAAGAUGGACAGCAAAAGCAAAUGCCCAUGUGCGAUAAUCAUGAUGAUGGUGAAACUGCAGCGAUCAUUUUGUGCAAUGCUUGUGGGAACCUGUGCACAGACUGCGACCGAUUUUUACAUCUCCACCGGCGAACAAAAUCUCAUCAGCGACAGGUCUUCAAAGAAGAGGAGGAAGCAAUUAAAGUCGAUCUGCACGAAGGCUGUGGAAGAACAAAGUUAUUUUGGUUAAUGGCUCUCGCAGAUUCUAAAACAAUGAAAGCAAUGGUCGAAUUUAGAGAGCAAACAGGUAAACCUGCAAGUAGCAGCUCAGAAACAUGUCGCUUCUGUGGCUCCAGAAAUGGGACAGAACUGUCUGCUGUGGGAAGUGUUUGUUCAGAUGCAGACUGUCAGGAGUACGCCAAGACUGCAUGUUGUAAGACCCAUUCCUGUGGACAUCCUUGCGGUGGAGUAAAGAAUGAAGAUCACUGUUUGCCUUGUCUGCACGGCUGUGAUAAAAAUGCAAGCAGUCUGAAACAGGACGCCGAUGACAUGUGCAUGAUCUGUUUUACUGAGGCCCUCUCAGCAGCCCCAGCUAUCCAGCUGGAUUGCAGCCAUGUGUUCCAUAUGCAGUGCUGUCGGCGAGUCCUUGAAAAUCGAUGGCUUGGUCCACGCAUAACAUUUGGAUUUAUGUCAUGCCCUAUUUGCAAGAACAAAAUAAAUCACACAGUAUUAAAAGAUCUUCUUGAUCCCAUAAAAGAACUUUAUGAAGAUGUGAGGAGGAAAGCUUUAAUGAGACUGGAAUAUGAAGGACUUCACAAAAGUGAUGCUAUUACAACACCCGGAGUCCGUUUUUACAAUGAUCCAGCCAGCUAUGCCAUGAACAGAUAUGCUUAUUAUGUCUGCUACAAGUGCAAAAAGGCAUAUUUUGGUGGAGAAGCACGAUGUGAUGCAGAAGCUGGACAAGGAGAUGAUUAUGAUCCCAGAGAACUUAUUUGUGGCGCUUGCUCCGAUGUGUCCCGGGCUCAGAUGUGCCCAAAACAUGGUACAGAUUUCCUUGAAUACAAAUGUCGUUACUGCUGCUCCGUGGCUGUGUUUUUCUGCUUUGGAACAACACAUUUUUGUAAUGCUUGUCAUGAUGACUUCCAGAGGAUGACCAGCUUACCUAAAGAGGAACUGCCUCAUUGUCCUGCAGGUCCAAAAGGCAAACAGCUGGAAGGAACCGAAUGCCCUCUUCAUGUGGUCCAUCCGGCCACUGGAGAAGAAUUUGCAUUGGGCUGUGGAGUGUGUAGAAACGCCCAUACGUUUUAAAUUCACCCAUAUUGGUGUUUAAGAUUUGCAUUCUUUUGUGAAUUAAGAAACAGGCUUGUGCAGUCUGUUGCACCACAUUUCCAGGCAGGUUCUGGACAACAGCCUGCAGUCAAGAUGGGGACCAUUGAAGUGAGUCUGCGAACAAGAAUAAAGGGGAAGAAGGCUCCAGUUAACAAAGUCCAUGCUGUUCAAAGCAAACUAUUCAUUUUUCUUAAACAUCGGUAUCUGUGAGGUGCACGCAUGUGGUCAUAACAUAUAGCGCCAUCAGUAAGGCGCCCACUAUUUACAAACGACUGCUCAAAUAUACAGCACUCAUGGGGCAACUCACCGUGCCCAUAUAUUAUAUAUCAUCAGAAGAUGUGUCAAGCGGAGAAGUGACCUUUUAAUAUUCCAGUACAAGUGCACCUGCAUCUUAUGGAAAGAGAAGAAUAUUCUAGUUUAUCUUCCAGACUGUUAAAACUGUCAUUGCUGUGGAUCUUUGCAGUGCACUCGGCAGUGAAAUGGAUUGUAUGGUGGAAGGUGUAUAUGUAUCCAGUUGUAAACGUUGUAACAAUUGCUGUACAUAAUACUUAAAGAUAUCAAUGUUUUGUCCAGUAAUACGAUUUAUUACAUUACAACAGCCGUUUCAUUUAAACUUCUGGGUUAGGUUUGGGCCUGAAAUUGAAUGAAGUGCAAUACUGAGUGUGCCUCAUAUCUCGCAGCUGUAAACUUUAUGGAAUGUGCACGUUAAUAAAGCCACUGUACAUUUUUUUUUAUACAGUGACAGUCUGGUGAAUGUUUAGGUUCUUAUUUAAGAUGAAUGGCUUUCAAAAGAAUAAAGAAAUAAAUAAUGGUAUUUGUCAGGUUUAGAGUUGUUUUCUUAGAGCUGCUUACCUUCUCUGUUCUGUCAUCCCUUUUUUUUUAACCAAAUAAAAAUGGUCUGGGUAAGGUUA